AUGGCUUUGGGUCUCUUAAGGAUUCCACAGGUUGUUGCCUUGGUGUUUGGCGGAAGGGAACGCCCUUUCUCCAAAUGCCAUGCCUCCGCCGUCAGACUCCGAGGCCCCGAAGCCUUGGCCUUGGCCGCGCGAGACGGCGAAGGUCUGGCCCGAGACUUGGUCGAGUCCUUGUUGGCGGUCAGCGACUACCAGGCCUUCGUGGAGCUGAUGCAGCGCGUCGCGAGACAAUGCGAGGCGGACAGCUGCACAGGCGAAGCGAGUCCUGCCAG